UUUUCUCAGUAGUCAGAUAGCGUAUUGUUGUGGUGCUCCCGCUGACUGCAGGGAGUGUUCUUUUGGUUUCAAAGAUUUGACAGAAGUUGGUAGCUUUUGUGCCGUUUAUGUUGAUUAUUGAUUAAUUACUGUAGUUGAAACCAGUUUAUAGUUUAUACCAUGUGUGCAUUAACAAGUAAAUUAGUUGAUUAAACUGGCUAGGUGCCUUAACAACGCAUUCCGCACCGAACUUGUGUAGUGUUCGUACGUACUGUAUUGAAUUGGGCCUUCGGCGUGUGGGAUUCCCUAAACAGCCACCGAUUUCUGACAAUGGAUCCGCCAAUUGCGAAGAAAGAAAUCCAAUCUAAAAGAGCUAAAGCUUCUACCAAACCGCCAGUUGUUAUUCUUCCUACCCGGGAAAGCAGUCGUAAACGUGUCCGUAAAUCAUUGGGACCCGAUUUCGUCGAGGAUUUUGCCACGCCUGCGCCCAAACAUUCAAGCGAUGACACUUCGGUCAAACCGAAGACUCCGCGAAACAAAGUGUCGACAAAACCCCUUCAUGCGGCGGUGAUUAACAAGGAACAACAGUUGUUGGCAUGCGAUACGGAGAUUCCUCCUGCUCUUACGGGUGUGAACGGGAAGGCGCCCGAAGAGGAGAUUCUGUUGCAGCCUGAAAAAAUCAUCGAUAUACCAAUCCCUGAUCCGAUAUGUUGCGUUUGCAACGCAACCACUUCUGUAAUAAAUGGGAAGGCCGGAACGGUAUUGCGCUGCUGUGGUCGUAAUUGCUCAUACAUAGCACACGCCGACUGUCUUCCAUACAGCAAGGACACCGUUUCGUUGAUAAGAGAUCGGUUCAAGUGCCGUGAAUGCAAAAGAUGUGCCACGUGCGGAAAAGGAAAUGCUUUUACAGAUAGAAACAUGAUUAUAUGCCCUCGUUGCGAUUCGUUGUUUCAUUUGCGCUGCAACUUCCCACCUGUUGAUCCCAACUCCGAAGAACUCAAAGGACGGAAUCGGUGUUUUGCUCCGAACUGGAUGUGCUACCGUUGUAAACUACAGGCGGAGACCUGUAUUCCUCCACCCGAGUCAUACCCAUUGGUUACCGUAGCCGUGACCAAUGAAAAGAUUUCACUAGAAAGAUCGGUGGAGAAUGGACUAGGAUGUUUGUUGAAAAAUGGCAAAGAUGCCGAUGUAGUGUUCAUCCCAGGCGGAAAUGCUGUACCGCAACCACCAGAUACCUCGUCUGUGGUGAAAGUUUCCAUUGCCCAUGAAUAUGAAGAUAUGAUCAGUGGGGCUGUGCCCGGACCGAGUACUUAUGGAAAUUUGUUGAAAGGCAACUUAGCGCCGGAGGAGUACGAAGACUGGCAGCCUGCGAAACAGAAAGUGGAAGAACAGUUGCGUGAAGAGGAACUUCGAGAAUGCCAAGAGAUAAGGCGGCAUCGGCGUGAGCUUGCAAAAUGGACAUCCGACAGAUGCGCUGCGCAGUUUGCCGAUUCCAAUCCGCAACUUGCGGAGUUAAUCCGUAACAACCGUUUAACCGGAGCAUCUCUGGUCUGCAUUAACCGGAAUCAAUUUAUUGAUAUGUUUGGCCUCAGCCUUGGAGUUGCAGUGAAGCUCCAUUAUGCUGUGUGUGUGUGGAGGAAAUCUUUUUUCUGAUGCUGGGACUGUGAUGAUAAUCUUUACCGGAUAAUUUUUAUAUGGUUUUACUUCUUUUACGAUUUUAUAUGAGCAUAUGCCCUUUUGUUUUACGGAUUGUUUAUUUUUUAUAACAGAUUUUAUUUACUGUACACCCUGCAAAUCCCACUAGCUGACUAACGCAUUAGAUAGUUUACAUAUUCGAUUGCUUCCAAAUUAAGGCUGUGACAAAUUGUUUGAACACGUAAUAAACGGCUCCCAAAAAACUGGUCAGAAAUGAAAAA